UUACAGUAUGAGUUAAAAGUUAAUUGUAUAUCAUUUGGAUACAUUAGCUUAAUAAAGAAUAUAUUAUACCUUUUUGAGUAAAAAAUCAAAGACAAAAAAAACGGACAUCAUGUAUACUAUUGCUUCCAACGUACUCACAAAGGUCACACCAGCAGCAGGAACAAUCAGAGCAACAAUGGAGUCUGCUAAAUCUAAUACCGAUGGCUACCAAAAUAUCUUGAUGAUGCGUCACGGUGAUCGCAUUGACAAAAUCGACCCACUCUGGCUCGAUACGGCCGCGAGACCAUGGGAUCCUCCCCUCGUUCAGGACGGUAUGGUUCGAGCGUUUCAAACUGGUCAACGGAUUCGAUCUCAGAUCCAGUUUCCGAUUCACCGUGUAUUCGUCUCUCCCUUCAUCCGCUGCGUUCAGACUGCUUCCCAAGUUAUCGCUGCUCUCUCCGCCGUCGAUUUCGAUCCCAACGCUACCUCUUCUACAGACGUCGACAAGUCUAAGUUCAAGGUUUCUAUUGAAUAUGGAUUGAGUGAGAUGUUGAACUCAAUUGCUAUUAGGCCUGAGAUUGCUCCCAAGGAUGGGAAAUUCGAUUUCAUGAUUUCGGAUCUUGAAGCUAUGUUUCCUGAUGGGAUGGUUGAUCAUAGUGUGGAUCCUGUUUAUAAAGAGAUGCCGCAAUGGGAAGAGACUGUGGAAAGAUGCACAGAUAGAUUUCUUAAUUUGAUUAAGACUCUUGCCGAUAAGUAUCCUUCAGAGAACUUGCUCUUAGUCACUCACGGGGAAGGGGUAAGGACUACAUUUGCAACCUUUAAAGACGUAGAUGUGUACGACGUGGAAUAUUGUGCUUGUGCUGAGCUUAGAAGACAGGUCUUGAGUAAAGAUGGAGCUACUAUAGCUGGAGACUUCGAGGUGAUUACAAGUCUUGGUCAAUGUGGAAUCAAGUACCAUUCCUAGAGUAGUACUACUGACCAAACUCCUGUUCAAGUCAAAUUGUUCCGGAUGAUAAUGGAACUAGUAACCCGGAAUCAAACCGGCCGGUUACUGGCUAAUAGCUAUCUAGAGUUUAACCGGACUUCAAAUGGGAACGUUACGUAUACGACAACGGCUGAUGAUGAGUCAUUCAACCUUUUUAUCUUUUAACUCAUGGAUUUCGUGGAAACUUAUUGUGUUGUUUCAUUGAAUAAACAAAAAAAAAAAGACGUUUCACAGUAAA